AUUAAUCUGAAAAACCUGAUACUAGCAUACCCUAAGAUUUGAAAGAUCUAGUGACAGGAAGAGCGACAGUACAAUUUCCUUAAACUAACAGCUCUGACAUUAUUUUCAGUUAACCAGGGACCAACAAACUCUGAAAAUCCUGUGAUUUCACCUUCAUCCAAACACUCCCAUUCCUACUCCUUUCAUUCUUCCAACUGCCCCACUCUUCCAAGAGUUGCACACCAAUAUAGCCAUUUUUUUUCCUUUCAAUUUCUUCAACUCACCAACCCCAAUUUCUCAAACCUAAGGCCUCUGAGCUCCCCCUGCUUUUGUGUUCUGAGCAUUGAGAUCCUCCGGGUAAUUUAUCUCCUUCACGAAUUCAGCAUCUUAUCUUAUCUUGUCUAUGUGCUUCAUUGCCCCUUGGAACUUUUUUUUUUUGCUUAUCUAUUUACACCUAAUUGUAUUUCUUUUUUCCAUUUUUCCACUUUCGAUGUGAACGGAUUUUGUCCAUUUAGGCCAAUAUAUUGUGAUUUUUUACCUGUCGUGAGAUCGAGUGUCUCCUUGUAAUGAAUCAUGAGUGUUAACCAAAAGACAAAGUUAUUGAUUUUAUUUAUUCCUUCAGGUUCUUGUGCAACCCUAGGUGAUUCUGAAUCUUUACAAGCUAAUGCGAAUUUAUAUUUUUCUGGUAGUUAUUAUUGUUGUUGUUAUGAAACUCAAAGUUCAUUUUUUGUUUGCUGAGUUUAUGUGACCCUGGAUCACGUAUAAUCUAAGUUGUAUAUUGCUAAACUUGGGAUCUUUCACAUUUGACUGCUAGAAUGCAAAGUAUGUUGUGUUGUUGACGUGCUCAUCCCCACCAUUUCUCUCCUACCACCUUACUGGGAAGGAUAUCUAUGUAAUCAAUAACAGGUUGAGAGUAUCUCGUCAAAUCUGUUUCUUUGUUUCAAAAUAGCAAAGAUAUCCUAUAAUCUAAUGCUUGAGAUUGUAGAGAAUUGUCACUUUUGGAAAGGUCAAAUGGGAGGGAAAACGGGAAUCAAAUUUAUCAGACGGGUUUGCUUGAGAUUGAGCAAUUUGGAAUUUGGAACUGAAAUUAGAUACAAGACAUUCACCGAUCAGUGGGAGGCACUUAAUUCGAACACAUUUGUUUGAGCAAGAAGACAAUUGACAUGCAAUACUUGCACUUGUGAUCAGUUAAUUGUUGGAAAUCCAAGUGUGACUUUAAGUAUCACAUUAAAUAGAAAUGAGAAAAUGAAUGAAAACCCAUUAACUAUUGUCUUAAGGUUUUUGAUUGAAAGUAGUGUUAAUCCUUAUGUGAUUGGAUUCGGGUCUUAUUACUGUUUUUAAGUCUUAUGUCUUUCCAGUGAACUUCCUCUCUUGAUAGAUCUAAUAUUGAUCUCUUAAUUUGAACCAAUCUUUAAAGCAGGCAUGCAGUUGGUUGUAAAACAAUUGGAUGUAUUUUAAUCUUCUUACUAUUUGCUUGUUAUCAAUGACUCUUCUCUCAAUGUUGCUCUCUUCCUAUAGUCUUCUUUAUUCUUUACAGAACGAGGAAGCACACCGUAGAUUUCUUCUUUUGUUUGACUAUUGUAAUUUUGGUUCCAUUGUUUGUAGUACUGCUGAAAGUUAUUGUUGAUUAUCCUAGAGCAAGAUGAAGUUUGCUUGCGUCGUAGACAGAUGUUAUGGUUAUCGUAAGAUUCUGUUAUGCUGUGUUUAAUGCGUUAGAUUACUUACUGAUAUUAAUUUGGUUGUUACAAUAAAUCAUACACCAUUUUAUUCACUACAUCCAUCUUGUUGGGCUUACUUAGUGGUGAUUCGUCUUCAGUAAUUUUUUAGUCCUUUCCCAUGUUCAUAUUUUGAACUUAUUUGAACAUCACAAGAUUUUACAACAAUCUUAUUGAGUCAAUGUGCAUUUUAAGAUAAUGGUCCGUGGAAGAGAUGCCUGUUGGGAACACUGUGUCCUGGUUGACGCAACUAAACAAAAGGUCAGAUGUAAUUAUUGUCAAAGGGAAUUCAGUGGAGGUGUAUACAGGAUGAAAUUUCACUUGGCUCAAAUUAAAAACAAAGAUAUUGUUCCAUGCACCGAAGUUCCAACUGAUGUACGAGACCAUAUUCAAAGUAUAUUAAGUACACCCAAGAAACCAAAAACUCCCAAGAAACAUAAGGCAGAUCUAGCUGCUAUUUCAAAUGGUCAACAGAAUAGUUCGUCUGCUAGUGGUGGAUUGCACCAUAGCCAUGGGUAUAGUGGACAGAAUGGUAUUGCUUGUCCAUCUUUAUUAUUUCCACUUCCUUCGCCAUGUGCCCAGCCAAUAGUGGAUGAUGGUAAAAUGCAAAAGCAGGAUGAUGCUGAUAGAAAACUUGCCAUAUUUUUCUUCCAGAAUUCUAUUCCUUUAAGUGCUGCUAAAUCCAUGUAUUAUCAGGAUAUGGUGGACGCUAUAGCUCAGUGUGGUGUCGGCUAUAAAGCACCAACUUAUGAGAAAUUAAGGUCUACUCUUUUAGAAAAAGUGAAAGCUGAUAUUCACAAUGAUUAUAAAAAAUACAGGGAUGAGUGGAAAGAAACAGGAUGCACAGUCUUAUGUGAUAACUGGUCUGAUGGUAGGAUCGGAUCACUUGCUGUGUUUUCUGUUGCAUGCCCAAAAGGAACGUUGUUCUUGAAGUCGGUUGAUGUUUCAGGUCAUGAAGAUGACAGUACUUACUUGUUUGAGCUUUUGGAGUCAGUUGUUCUGGAAGUUGGUUUAGAAAAUGUUGUUCAGGUUAUGACAGAUGCCGGUGCUGGUUAUGUUUGUGCUGGAAGGCUUCUCACAGCGAGACGUCCAGAUGCACAAGCCAUUAAGUCAUUGCUAUAUUCGGAUAGAUUUUGGAAGCAUGCGCAUGAAGCUGUGAGUGUUUCUGAGCCACUGGUUAAACUCCUAAGGAUGGUUGAUGGGGAUAUGCCUGCUAUGGGUUAUAUAUAUGAAGGAAUGGAGAGUGCAAAAGUUGUGAUCAAGGCCUAUUAUAAGGGAGUCGAAGAGAAAUACCUCCCAAUCUGGGAAGUUAUUGAUCGAAGAUGGAAUAUGAAACUUCAUUCAUCACUGCAUGCUGCGGCUGCAUUUCUUAACCCUUCGGUUUCUUACAAUCCAAACUUGAAGAAAGAUUUGAGGAUGAGGAAUGGGUUUCAAGAAGCCAUGCUCAGGUUGGCAACUACAGAUAAAGAUAAAAUGGAAAUUACCAAAGAACUUCCUACUUACAUCAACGCCGAGGGUGCACUUGGGACUGAAUUUGCUAUUUUGGGAAGAACACUAAAUGCCCCUGGGGACUGGUGGACUAGUUAUGGUUAUGAAAUCCCAACGCUUCAGAAAGCUGCAAUGAGGAUACUUAGCCAACCUUGUAGUUCCCUUUGGUACAGGUGGAACUGGAGUACUUUCCAAAACAUACAUAACAAAAAACACAACAGGGUGAAGCUGGAAAAAUUCAGUGAUUUGGUUUUUGUGCAUUGCAAUCUUUGGUUAAAAACCAUUUUCCGACGUAGGAAAGCAAAAUCUGGGGCCGUUAUCUAUGAUGAAAUAGAUUGUAGCUGCGAAUGGCCCUCUGAGAUAGAAUGUUUGCCCCCACUUAUGGAUGAUUCGUGGUUGGACGAUCUUCCCCUUCAAUGCAGAGGAAGUCCUUAGCACUGUGAGGCAAGGACAAAUUUAAGCUAAUCGUGUGGUAUAAUUCUCUACAUUUGUAUAAUUGUUGAAAUUUGUUUAUAGAAAUGUAUGGCUAAUCUCUUUACCUUUACUUUCUUUGUAUAAUAUAACUUCCAAAGCAGUUUUUUUCUCAUCCAUUGUAUUUUCUAAUGUACUUGUAUAUAUCUUUAUUACCAACUAUGAAGCGAAUUUCUCUUGGC